GAGGGGGAGGGUUUCGUUAGUAAUUGUGAAAUCCAGCAGUGAAGAGGUAAGGAUUCAAAGACUUCUCUUUGGAGCUUGAAAAUCUCUUGCAUUCAUAUUUAUAGAUAUCUUCAAUUUACUUUGAUGCUUUAAAAAUAUGAUUUUGUUUCUUAAGAAGAGCCUCUCUCUUGCUCCUUCAUCCUGUUCAGUUCCCAAAAAUUCCACCUUUUACCUUCAAUUCUUUUCCUCAUCCUCUGCACACGAAAACCCAGAACCCAAAUCCAAUCCCAUUGCAGAUUACUUGAUGACUUCAUGUGGGUUCUCAUCACAAAAGGCUGCCAACACCAGCAAACACCUCACCCACCGCAGAUUUCCUGCGAAUCCUGAUUCGGUCAGGCAUUUCUUCAAACACAAUGGCUUCACUGAGGCCAACAUCAAAUCUCUAAUCUCCAAUAACCCUGCCAUCCUCUGGGCUGAUGUGGGCAAGACCCUGGUCCCCAAUCUCCAGGCGUUUUGCAGUUUGGUUAAUUUCUCUGACUCCGAGCUUCGGAGGUUUAUUGUCCCAAACUCUAGAGUUCUCACUAACCCCCAUGCAUUUGCUCGACUUGAGUUCUGGAAAACAUUUCUGAACAAUGACAUGAAGAAACUCCUGUUGGUCUUUGCAAGGAACCGGAGUCUAAUUGGUCGGGACAUUGAUAAGAGUAUUGCCCCAAAGAUUGCUCUUUUGAAGAGUUAUGGGCUCUCCUCGAUGGAUAUUAGCAUGCUCUUCAGUAGAGGGUCUGGACUCAUUAUGAGAAAUACUGCUUCUUUUGAGACGUCAAUAAAGAAAGUUGAGGAAUUGGGAUUUCCACGUGGGUCUCCAAUGUUUGUGCAUGGAUUAGCAACUGUUGGAAGUACCACAACUAAUUUGUUGAGGAUGAAGAUUGAAAUUUUCAAGUCCUUCGGUUGGUCGGAGAGCAUGUUUUUCGCUGCAAUCAAGAAAUUUCCUAACAUUGUUCUUCUCUCUGAGCAAAACAUUAGGGAAAAGAUGGAGUUUUUGCUGGAGAGGAUAGGCUACACUCAGGAUUACAUUGCAUCUCGCCCAACUAUUUUGGGGUACAGUUUAGAGAAAAGGUUGAAGCCACGGCAUCAAGUAUGGGAAGUUCUAAAGUCAGAUGAGUUGGUUGGUAGAGAUUGGGAGUUCUAUUCUCUCAUACCGCUUAGUCAUAAGGAGUUCUUUAAGAAGAUCGUUCUCCGGUAUAAGGAUCUGGUGCCAAACCUUUAUCAGACUUAUAUUUCUUGUUGUGCCAGCCAAAUUUUAUCUUAACUUCAGAAUAUAAAUCGGUUCUUGGCUGUAGGAACAAAAAGAAGUUUUUCUUUGUAUAACGUAGCAGGGUUUUAAGCACAAAGCGCGUGUAUUGUUCCCAAAUAUUGAUCUUUAGAAGGAUUAUGGCCUCUCUGAAGUCGAUAUUGGAGUAGUGAUAGCUAGAACUAGUUCAGUCUUUAAAAUGGACACAUCAUCUUUGGAAGCUUGUCUGAAGAGUGUUCAGGAAUUAGGAUCCCCGUGUGGAUCUCUAACGUUUGUGCACGGGCUAAGGACACUUUUCUUUUAUCUAAUCUGAAAGGUUCAAUUCAAAGAUGGCAAUUUUCUUGAGAUAUGGGCGGUCAGAAAGGGAUUCUUUUGCUGCAUUGCUGGAAGUCUACAUGCUUAGUCUCUUUACCGAGAGAGAACAUUUGAAAAAAGAUGGCAUUAUUGGUGGGAAGAGUGGGAUGAUCACCGUCCUACACUGCUUCCCACCCUGUGAUACUAAUUUUAUGCUUGCACAGAGGUUAAUGCCUCAGUAUUAUGUAAUGAAUAUCUUAAGUUCGAAGAAGUUACUCAAUGAAAGAAUUUUUAUAAUGUUA